GGUCCCGGCACUGCAACUAGGCUCCUCGGCGGUCCAGCGGGCCGGGGUGCGGCGCCGUCAUGCGCCCGUUGUUCGGGCUCCUCCUAGUCUUCGCCGGCUGCACCGUCGCCCUAUACUUGCUGUCGACGCGACUGGCCCGCGGGCCGAGACUGGGCUCCGCCGAGGAGGCCGGAGGCAGGUCACUGUGGUUCCCGUCAGACCUGGCAGAGCUGCGGGAGCUCUCUGAGGUCCUUCAAGAGUACCGGAAGGAGCACCAAUCCUACGUGUUACUGCUCUUCUGCAGCGCCUACCUCUACAAACAGGGCUUUGCCAUCCCUGGCUCCAGCUUCCUGAAUGUUUUAGCAGGUGCUUUGUUUGGGCCAUGGCUGGGGCUUCUGCUGUGCUGUGUGUUGACUUCAGUGGGCGCCACAUGCUGCUACCUGCUCUCUAGUAUUUUUGGCAAACAGCUGGUUGUCUCCUACUUUCCUGAUAAAGUGGCCCUAAUGCAGAGGAAGGUGGAGGAGAACAGAAACAGCUUGUUUUUUUUCUUACUGUUUUUGAGACUUUUCCCCAUGACACCAAACUGGUUCUUGAACCUCUCAGCCCCGAUUCUGAACAUCCCCAUUGUGCAGUUCUUCUUCUCAGUUCUUAUCGGUUUGAUCCCAUACAAUUUCAUCUGUGUGCAGACAGGCUCCAUCCUGUCAACCCUCACCUCUCUGGAUGCUCUUUUCUCCUGGGAAACUGUCUUUAAGCUAUUGGCCAUUGCUCUGGUGGCCUUAGUUCCUGGAACCCUCAUUAAAAUAUUUAGCCAGAGACACCUGCAACUGGACAAAACAAGCAGUGCCAAUCAUAUAAAUAGUAGGAAAGUCACGUGAUCUGAAUUUUCUGUUUGUCCCUGAAAUGAGUGUGGUCCUCUAAAUCCCUGCAUUGUUUUAAAAUUACCCUCAAGAGGUGAUUUGGACACUCUAUUCAUCUGUGUGUGCAAUGUUUUGUCAUAAAGGACACUCUGUGCUCUAGAAGAUGAAUCAUAUCAGGUUUUCAAACCAGCCCUGGUUUAGCAGGACUCUCUGCAAAAUGGAUGGCCUCCUAGAAAGUCCUGUUUAUAUUUUAUUGAAUAACAAGGAACUCUGGAUAGUCUGUUGUAUUUACCUCUUGCCAGCCCCUGAGCUGCCUUGGGAGAAGGUGCUGAUUGUCCUUGUCCAGAGUGCCUCUUGCAAAGUGACAGGCUAUUGUGACAGGUGUUCUCCUGUUAAGUCCCUGUGGAUGUUAUUAGUAUUAAUGUUAUGACAUGUGAACUCACACCACCGACAUCACUCUUCACCUUGUUAGUCUCUUAAAGAGUGUUCCUUCCAGACCUUUUUGCUGAUGAUCUACCUCUUCCAUAAGUCAAGGGAAACAAGCUGACAACUGCUUAGGACUUCCAUUGUGCUCAUAUGCACAGUAAUUUCUGUGAUGCUCUUGUGUUCAGACUCUGAUGUUACCAUGUAUGUCAAAUCUCCUUAUGGUUGCACGUCCUGACAAUUAAGCUGAUCUCAAACAGACUAUUAAAUAUGAAUGGUACAAACUGUAUGGUAUGGAUACAUUCUGGAAUUUCUCAGGAAAUUGGACAGGGCAGGACCCUUGAUUCACCUGAAUCAAAUGACCAUCUAUACGUUUUAUAACCUGUCCUUUCUGCAUGGGAAUCCUUUCUAUAUCCUGCUAGGAGAGUGGAUUCAGUACACUAGGCUGUCAUCCAGUGUACCCUCUGAAUGUUUUUCAUUUUGUCAUUUGCCGAGAAUAACUGAGAAAUAAUUGUAUGUUCUCUUUUAAUUCAAAGAGGAAAACCUGGUCUGAUUACUUUGUUGUUUUGUAUCUUAAUCAUCUAAAGCUGUCAUUGCUUCCCACAGCUGUAGUAUUGAAUUGGCUUGUUUUGUCCAAUUGAGUUAUUGCUGCCAAGGUCAGAUGGACCUUGGCACCUAAAGUGACCAACUCUGUGAUCCCAUAUUCUACAAGAGUAACUCAUUACUUCCCAGAACUGUUGCUCUUGGGCAUCAUCUGCUAGGUUUUUUAUUUGGCUUGGCCAAAAAUCUUGCCAAGGCUUUAAUCUAGGUCUCUUGCUCUAAAUGAAUUCUUGGAAAUACUUAUGUUCCAUACGAAGGAUGAUUUCCAAGUGGUAUUUUUUGGACAUAGUAUGAUCCUUUCACACCAAGGAUUUCAUUUUUUAAAGUGUGUUUCUUUAAAAGAAGCCUUGAUAAUGAAUGGGGGUAAAGAGGCGGCAGACUAGAUUUUGAAGUCAGAGGCUCUUAGUGUUCUGGAAUAUGGGGAGGAAAAGAGAAACAAGGAAGGUUUCCACACUACUGUAUUGCAAAUGUGAGUGAGCCCCUUUUCAGGAUCCUUGUAUUUGUGCCCCUCCUCCCCCGUGAUUUUACAACAAGGUGCCUUAUCAGUUGUGUGUUUAUGGGUAAAGCAGUUUCCCAAAUAAAUGGAUAUAAAUGUUC